GUCUGGAACACCUGCCGUUCAUGAUGAUGUCACACCCCCUGAUCCCUGUCAGUAUGGCCCCUGCCUCUGUCUCCAUGGCGAUGAGUCAGAUGAACCACCUCAACACGUUAGCCAGCAUGGCCUCUGCUGCCCAGGUCCACCACUCUACCCUCUCCUCCCGCAGCCGCAUGGUCACCUCUGUUAUAAAGGAGUGUGUUCGGGACAGUCCGUCUCCAGCUCCCUCUCUGGAGGACGGGAGGAGGUCUGGGAGUCACCUGUCAUCUCGUCACAGCAGCAGCGUCUCCAGCUCCCCAGCACACACAGAACACUCUGCAGACAGGACCCAUGUGCACCAGAACGGCCUGUCCUCCAGCCAUGCCCUGUUGGGCCUAUCUCCCAGUGCUCUGCCGGGUCCUAAAGAAGGAGAUGUGGCCACCCUGGACUCUGGCCACGAAGCUAAGAGGAACCAUGCUGAGAGAGAUGACUGUGGUUCCCUGAGCACCCAGACAGUCAGAGAGCCAGUCAGAGAGCCAGUCAGAGACGGCUAUGAGAGGCUGUCGUUCUCGGGGCAGAAGCUUCCUCCAGGGUUCCCCGGCCCCUUUAUCUUCCCUGAGGGGCUGUCGUCAAUAGAGACACUUCUCACUAACAUCCAGCAGGGCUUGCUGAAGGUUGCCAUAGACAACACGCGUGCUCAGGACAAGCAGGUGCAGACGGAGAAGUCAGCGCUGAAGAUGGAACUGUUCAGAGAGAGGGAGCUAAGAGAGAAACUGGAGAGACAGCUCACCAUGGAGCAGAAAAACAGAGUGCUGAUGCAGAAGCGUCUGAAGAAGGAGAAGAAGACAAAGAGGAAACUUCAGGAGGCUCUGGAGUUUGAGUCUAAACUGAGAGACCAUGCAGAGCAGACACUGCAGAAGACUGUAGCAUCAGACAGAGCCCUCUGUGACUCACUGACCCAGGAAGUAGACAACGGUAACCAAGGUAACGGCAGGACUGAUGCAGAGGCAACGAUACAAGAUGGAAGACUCUUCCUGAAAACCACAGUGAUGUAUUAAAGACAGCAUGAAGAGACUCUUCCUGAAAACCACAGUGAUGUAUUGAAGACAACAUGGAGAGACUCUUCCUGAAAACCACAGUGAUGUAUUGAAGACACCAUGGAGAGAAGAGAAGAUCGAUUCGAGCACCAUUGGAGAGAUUCCAGGGACUUGCAGCAGCAACAUUAUGGACGUUUCAGUACUCCACACUGCCAUAAAAGACUGACAAUACACAACAAAGAACAAAUCAUCCAAGCAUUGUCAUAACAGUGGUACAUGCAAUACCAAUGUAUUUCACAGCAACACAUUCACAACAAAGUGUAACUGAGUGAGAGAUUUUUAUACUUUAUUUAAACCAGCCCAAAUACUCAGAGAAGGACAAAUCCACAUCCGAUUUUUGACUUAUUGUCCGUAUUCCUGUCUCAAAUUUUAUAAGAUUUAAAUGUUUUAAAGCAUAAUGUCAUGAAGGUCAGUAAUCUAGAGGUUAAUUUAUUAUGUUAUUUCUGUACAUAAAUUGAUACAAUGUUUCAUUACGAUAUUAGUUUUUGUUGUUUAUUCUAGUAAUGGAAAAUUACAGUUAGUCCUUUGCCAUUGAUGUAUAUCAGAUGAAAGGUAAAGGAUUCCUGACCUAUGGUAUUGUAUGUGUACAUAAAGUAAACAUAUUGUAUUGUGUAUUGUAUGCAGUAGAUCAGCUAGAUGGAAAAAAAAGAAUACAAACAUU